AUGGGUUAUGGUAGAGGCCCGAGUUGGGUACUUCGAAGCUUCCAGGCAUACCCUGAGUGCUCUACAGAAGAUGUCAGGCGAGAGGUAAACUGUCAUGCCCUGUGCUGCAAAUAUGUCACAAUACUAACAGUAAAAAAAUAUAGCUUUCCACUUUCAGAGCAUAUCUGUGAUCUUAAGCCUACAAUUGAGCCGCCCCAAUAUAUAAAAGACGAUCCAUUGGUCAAGAUGUCUAGCGUGCUACCUUCUAAGGAUGAAGACCUUCAAAAGGUUAAUACAAGCAUCGGAUGGCCUGCGCACCCCGAUACUUUGGAUUCUUCUCAGUGGAACGCGCUACAGCAAAUACUGACCAAUAAACUGUCAAUUGUUCAAGGCCCCCCAGGUACUGGAAAAACUCAUGUCUCCGUUGUGGCAGUAAAAGUGAUGCUAGAAAACUUUCGCCAGGGUGAUCCCCCCAUAAUCAUCGCCGCACAGACUAACCAUGCUUUGGACCAGCUACUUCGUCACAUAUCAAAGUUCGAACAAAGCUAUGUUCGGCUUGGUGGAAGAAGCACAGAUUCCGAAAUCAGGACACGUACCGUCUUCGAAUUGCGGAAAAAGACCAACUUGCCACCUGCUAUUGGAGGAUGCCUUGUCCCCGCUAGAAAAGAGUUACGCGAUCUUACAGAUCAAAUUAUUGAACUGCUUUCUCCAUUUCGAGCAGAAAACUCACACUCACCUCUACAACCAUCGCUGUUUUUAAACUUGGGAAUUAUCUCGAUAGCUCAACACGACUCGCUCAUUAAAGGAGCAGCGGGAUGGAUACGAGCAGGCGAUCAGACUGAUCCAAUGUCAGUCUGGCUGGGAGAUACUCUAACAAAAUUCGAGUUAGUAUACAGACAAGAAAAUUUCGGGUUUUCUGAAGAAGAAAUUGACAUGGAGUAUGAGCAACUGAAGGAACUUGAGGCUGAACAUGGUCUGGAUGAUGACGACUAUGAGGUCCUGAAGGGUCAAUUCCUUGCUAUGAGAGAGCUAUUCACAACUCGAGGACCUCGCACGUAUUCCGAGAAGUCCAUCGAAGCUGUUUAUAUGAAGUAUGAUGAUAUGUGGAAGAUUCCCAGUGCCGUGCGUGCUGCAACUUAUUCACUCCUUCAAAAACGGGCAAAGGAAGCCAUUCGUGAAAAGGUUUGUCAUAGUCUAAAGAAGUACAAUGUGGCAUGCACAAACGCAAAGAUUGGGAAAUGGGAAAGGGAUUCUCUAAUACUGCGGGAUUCACGAGUAGUUGGUAUGACUACUACAGGCUUGAGCAAAUACCGCGCUCUUGUUUCUAGCCUGCGGCCCAGAAUCAUUCUUAUUGAAGAAGCGGCUGAGGUACUUGAAGCUCCUGUGGCCGCAGCAUGCAUGGAAUCCUUGCAACACCUUAUCUUAGUUGGAGAUCACCAACAACUUAGGGGCAGUUGUUCUAUGCAGGAGCUUGAAGGUGAACCCUUCUACCUGAACAUCUCAAUGUUCGAGAGGCUUGUUCGAAACAAAAUUCCGUUCAAAAGAUUGACCAGCCAGAGGCGCAUGGCUCCAGAAAUUCGACGCAUCCUCUCACCUAUUUACAAUGAUCUAAACGACCAUCCCAGCGUCCUAGACCGCCAAGAUGUUCCAGGGAUGGGAGGAAUCAACUCUUACUUUUUUACUCAUGAGUGGACUGAAUCUCCUGACAGCUUGUCGUCAAGGUACAAUCAAAAGGAAGCAAAGAUGAUUGUAGGCUUCUAUGUCUACUUGCACAUGAACGGUGUACCCUUAGAGGAUAUUACCAUAUUGACGUUCUAUAAUGGGCAACGGAAGCUCAUUCUCAGAGCGUUGAAAGAAAAUAAACUUUUCCAAGGCCAAUAUACAAAGGUGGUCACCGUCGAUUCCUACCAAGGAGAAGAGAACGAAGUUGUGAUUCUAUCUUUGGUUCGGAGCAAUGAAGCAGAUAAUAUUGGUUUUCUUGCAAAUGAGAAUCGCGUUUGCGUUGCGUUAUCCCGUGCCAAACGAGGAUUUUAUAUUUUUGGGAAUGCUGAAUCCCUUGCUAUCACUAAUGGUUUGUGGUGGGAAGUGUCACGAAUUAUGAGAAAAACACCAAAACGACUUGGAUACUUCCUUCCUCUGAUGUGCAAAAAGCAUGGGACCAAGACAUUGAUCAGCAGUAUGAUGCCACAUCCCUUGAAUAUAACUCCAAUCCAAUCAUGCUAA